AUGUCAUCACAACAAAAGCUGAUAGAGGAAAUCGCGUCCCUCAGAGAUGCCCUGAGUGCCAACAAAGAGACUAGGUACAGCGGAGGGUCCCAGGAUACCCAAGGUGGUUACUAUAGAGGAAGAAGUGGAUAUGGAACCCACAGGGGCGGUUACAGAGGUCGAGGUGGCUACAGAGGAGCCUACAGAGGAGCUUACAGAGGAACUUAUGGAGGAAGCUACAGGGGGCGGGGCGGAUAUUCUGGUGGUGUGACGAAGUUUCAGAAUCAGACCUAUGUCCCUCCCGCUGUUGCUGCUGAGGCUGCCGCCAAGGCCGCCAGUGAAGUGCCCAAGGAAGUUGGAGGCAGACUUGAUGGACACUCUUCUUCCGGGAAUACCAUAGACCCUUCUGUUGCUGCCGCUGCUCUCAACUCUGCCUCUGCUUCAUCCUCUAAAACGAUAUCCCUCAGAGGUAUCCCUUUCACAGCCCGUGGUCAUGUUUUGUUGCGACCUCCUAGUGUGCCUCCGCAGGCGCUUCCUCGAUCGGUAGAGAAACGAAAAUUGAAAACCCUCGAGCCAUGUAAAUUCUUUACCAAAAGCGGCGUUUGCACGCGACCUAGGUGCAAGCGACAGCACACUCCAGGCCGAGUCGCCGCGUGCAAGUAUUAUUUGCGAGGCCAGUGUUCGACAUCGAAUUGCCCCCUCAGCCAUGAACCUAGCGCUCAUAAUUCUCCGAAUUGUAGGCACUUUGCUCAUGGUCUGUGCACUAACCAGAACUGUAGAUAUUCUCAUGUCAAGCACAAUGAUGACGCACCAUACUGCUUCUCCUUCAAUGAUAGUGGAUGGUGCGACCGCGGCAAAGAUUGCCCAGACCGCCACGACAUUAAGCCAGAGGGCGCCGUGUAUGGUGCUGUCGUCGAAGGCUCGGCUGUCCCUGCUACAGCCGAUCAACUGGAUGAUACCCAAGAUGUGGACUUGGAUAGGCUUGCUCUUAUGCUCGAUGACGAAGACGAGUCUGGAGAGAGGCAUGUCAGCGAUAGUGACGAUAGUGUCGAUGAAAUAUUGCAGCUUGGCAAAUAUCAGGAUGAUGGUGCCUUUGUAGCCGGCGACGACUUCGUGAAAUUUUAA